CAAAGUAUGUUUGAUACGUAUCGAGUUUGACAGAUAUCUAACCUUUAAAAGCUCGAAUUUUACGCUUGAUAACUUGUUUCGCAAGACAGACCGCCGCAUUUUUUAUCGGAUUCUUUCGUUUUGAAUGAAAACGCGUUGAAUAAGUACAUUUUUACUAAGAUUUGAGGUGAGGAGAUAUUCUAAAUAAAUACUGAAGUUUACAACAAGGGUGUCUUACCUUUAAGACUGGUUGAAGACAUAUUUCCAUCUGAAGGAAGAUUAUCCCUACUUUACGCACACCACGCACUUUUGCAUACAGAUUUAUCAAGAAUUAGAAAAUAUGCGAAUUAUGCGAAAUGGAACAUCAGAGAUAAUAAAAAAGCAAGGGACCCUGUCCUGGCAAUAGGCGUGGUAGAAAGCUUUCAAAACCCUCCAACCGGAGGGGUCAACAAAAAAAGUACCUUUAUUCGUGUACAUAAAUAUAUUUUUAUUGCAAUUUAAAAAAAAAUGACGAAACAUUGUGAGGUACUUAAUUGUCCAAAUCGAAAUAAAGGAAAAUACAAGAUUCAUGUGUUUAGCUUUCCGCAAAUAGAAAGCAUAGCAGCUAAAUGGAUUGAAGCAACCGGACGGAAAAAAUUUAUACCUAACAAAUACAGCGCAAUUUGCAAUAUCCAUUUUAAAUCGGAAGAUUUUAGCAACACUACAAGAAGAAAACAGUAAAAAUAAAUAUAAGUGAAAUAAGAAAGC